CACAAAAUGGCGGCAAUGGCGGAAGAGCAACUUUAGCUGUCAACGACAAUUGUUGAAACAAAAACCGUGUCUGAUGUGAAAAACAAAAGCGAAACGCUUGAAAUGGCUUCAAAGGAAGCUAAAGCACUAACCACUGAAGCUAAUCAGAAAGCUGACUUGAGCAAAAAGCGAAAGCGUUCUGCUCCUGACUUGGACUUGUUUUCGUAUGACAACCAGAUCAACUUGACUUUUUCUUAUUCUACAAAGUCCGCUAGAAUACCAAUAACUAUAGACAGCUCUGAUGAAGAUGAUGAUGAUGAUGAUGAUGUUGAUGAAGAUGGUCCUCAAGAGUUCAAGAGAACUAUUGACGAUGAUGAUGAUAUAUUGGAUGACAGCUUCAAUGAUGACAGCCAAGAAAUACAAAACAUUGACAGUGAUGACGACAGUAGUGUAAAUAAAAGUAUAAAUGUUAGCCACAAAAGAUCUCCAUCACCACCUCCUCCUCCUCCAUCUCAAGCUGAGCUUCUCAGAGUUCAGAGACAAUUAAAAGCAAAAAAUACAACCAGGGAAUUUGAACAUGCAUUUGACUCACUAAAAGAAGCGGUUGCUGCCGACUCCAGCUCUCCCGCCACACCACCAGUAAACCGUUCAACAGGAGUUAUCAUUUUGGAUGAUAUUGAUACUCCAGUUCUUAACAGAAACAGUGUUGAUCGUAAAGUGGAUGUCAAAGUGAGAACAAGCUCUGGGAUUAAAAAAUUUAACAUGAAGGCAGGAGACAAGUUUGAGUUUGUAAUAAAUGAGCUUGCCAAAUCACAAAAUGUUCCUGUAGAAAACAUCUUGUUGUCACUUAAAGACGUCAACAUAAUGCCAGAUGAUACGCCAUUAACAAAGGGUGUAACAGUAGCAGAUAUUGUAGAGUGUGUAAUUAUGGAUUCAUGUGCUGCUGUGGAAGAGGAGGAUUACAUAGAAAUCAAAGUGCAGGGCAACACUGUGACAUCAAGAAAAACCUUCCAAGUUUCUAAGAGCCAACCUCUAGAAAAGCUUUUCAAGGAAUAUUCUGAGUUUCACCAGCUACCAAGAUCAAAACUUAAGUUUCUUUUUGAUGGCGACUCUCUGACAGGCAGUGAAACGCCUGUAGAUCUCGAUAUGGAAGAUGAAAAUGUUAUUGAUGUGACAGAAAUUUCUUGAGGUCCGUAAUGUGCAGCUAAUUUGAAAAAGGUAGAAUAAUAUUAUAUAGGAUUGCAUAUACCUCUUAGUAAUAGCUAUAGCUUUUUUGUAAAUAUUUAACCAUGUGUAUAUUCAGCAUUUUCUAUGCUCUUGUUUUGCUCUUUUAGAUCAUUGUAUAGUUCUCACUAGCAGCAAAAUAAACAUGGCCACGCCAUGAGACAGAUAAUGUAAGCUAUAAUGAUAGCAUUCCAGUUGACACCUUAGAUACAUAACUUGUGUUAACAUUUUUUCCAUUAAAUUAUCCAUAUCUGUCAUCAGUA